AUGAGCCCGCCCGGGCGGAGGAUGGGCGACGGGCAGCCGCGGCCGGGGGGCCCCGCCGGGAAGCGCCCCGGGCUCCGCGGGCGGAGAGGGUCGCCCGGAGGGCUGCCGGGCGGCGGCGGCGCCCCCGGGGCCCAGCGCUUCCUGCUCGGGCUCUGCCUGCAAGCGGGGCUGUGGGCGGCCUCGGGGUCACCCGCCCAGGUGUUCAACCUCAGCCUCUCGGUGGACGAGGGGCUCCCUCCGGACACGCUGGUGGGCGACAUCCGCGCGGGGCUGCCGGCCGCGCAGCAGCAGGAGGGGGGCGGCUUCUUCCUCUCGGAGGACUCGGACGACUCCCCGCUGCUGGACGACUUCCACGUGCACGCGGACACCGGCAUCAUCCGCACGGCGCGGCGCCUGGACCGCGAGCGGCGGGACCGCUACGGCUUCGCGGCCGCCACGCUGCUGGGCGCCGUGGUGCAGGUGGAGAUCCGCGUCAACGACGUCAACGACCACUCGCCCCGCUUCCCCCGAGACUCGCUGCGGCUCGACGUGUCGGAGCUCAGCCCCCCGGGCACCGCCGUCCGCCUGCCGGGCGCCCACGACCCGGACGCCGGGCUGUUCGGCACGCAGGGCUACACCCUGCUGCAGCCGCCCGCCGCGCCCGGGGACCCCGCGGGGCCGUUCUUCCAGCUGCGCUACGGGACCCCGGGGUCGUCGCCCCCGGAGCCGCUGGACCUGGUGCUGCUGCGGCGCCUGGACCGCGAGGCGGCGGCGGCGCACGAGCUGCACAUCGAGGCCUGGGACGGCGGCCGGCCGCCGCGCACGGGCCACCUGCGCGUGGAGCUGCGCGUGCUGGACGAGAACGACAACCCGCCGGUGUUCGAGCGCGGCGAGUACCGCGCGGCCGUGCGGGAGGACGCCCCGCCGGGCGCCGAGGUCUGCCGCGUGCGCGCCACCGACCGCGACCUGGGGCGCAACGGCCUGGUGCGCUACAGCCUCCGCGCGCGCCAGGCGCCCUUCGCGGUGGAGGAGCUGAGCGGCGUGGUGCGGGUGCGCAGGCCGCUGGACCGCGAGGCGCAGGCCUGGCACCAGCUGCUGGUGGAGGCCCGCGACGGCGGCGCCCCGCCCGAGGUGGCCACCGUGCGCCUGUCGGUCGCCGUGCUCGACGUGAACGACAACCCGCCGGCCAUUCACCUGCUCCUGCUCACCGACGGCGGCGCCGCGCGCGUCUCCGAGGGCGCCGCCCCGGGCGACUACGUGGCCCGCGUCUCGGUGUCGGACGCGGACGACGGCGACCCCGAGCCGCGCGAGGUGGCCCCCCGGGAGCCGGGCGCGGGCCCCGGAGGCGCGGGCGUCUCGCUGUCCUUGGAGGGCGGGGAGGGAGCCUUCGCGCUGCGCGCCGGGGGCUCCCCCGGGGUCUUCUUCCUCUGCGUCGCGGGGCCCCUGGACAGGGAGGCGCGCGACCUCUAUGACUUGCGGCUGGUGGCCACGGACGCGGGCUCCCCGCCGCUGAGCGCAGAGGAGACGCUGCUGCUCCGGGUCGCCGACCUCAACGACCGGCCGCCUGUCUUCGGCAGGGAGCGCUACGUGGGCUCGGUGUCCGAGGCUGCAGCCCCGGGCACCGCCGUCCUGCGGGUCAGCGCCACCGACGCGGACGAGGCUGGCACAGACCACGCCCGGCUGCGCUACGCGCUGGUGCACCUGCCGGGUCGCUGCUCCCCGCGGGGCGCGCGGGCCCCCGGGGAGUGCGCGCCGGCCUUCGCUAUUGAUCCCGAAAGCGGCGUGAUCAGCACCAGCCGGAGUCUGGACCGAGAGGUGCAGGAGGCGGUGGAGUUGAGAGUGGUAGCCCAAGACCUCGGAGCACCCCCGCUCUCUGCCACCUGCCUGGUGAGCAUCACCGUGGACGACGUGAACGACAACGAGCCCGUCUUCCGGAGGCAGGUGUACAACGCCACCCUUGCGGAACAUGCCCCAGUAGGACACUGCUUUUUGCAGGUUAAGGCUUCUGAUGCAGAUGCAGGACUCUAUGGCUUUGUGGAGUACUCUCUUUAUGAUGGAUUCCAAAGCUAUGAUGCAUCUCCAGCGUUCCAGAUCGACCCACAUGAUGGGCGAAUCUGUGUUUCUCAAGAUAUUGAUAGGGAAAGGGAUCCAGCAACCUAUGACCUCUUGGUGAAAGCUAGGGAUGGGGGUGGACUAAGUGCCCAAGCUUUUGUUCGUGUGGAAAUGGAGGAUGUGAAUGAUAAUGAACCUGUCUUUAAUCCGUCAACCUACGUGACGAGCAUUAGUGGCCAGACCCAGCCAGGCACCGAGAUCAUCAAUGUUCUUGCCACUGACAGGGAUUCUGGGAUAUAUGGAACAGUGGCUUAUGAGCUCAUUCCUGGACACCUGUCAUCCCUUUUUACCAUCGACUCUACUACAGGAAUUCUUUACUUAACGUCAACUCUUAGUCAUUUGGAAUCUACUACACUUUUGUUGAUGGUCUGUGCUCGAGAUGGCGGCGGGCUCACAUCUCUCAUUAAUGCUGACAUCACUAUACACAUUCUUCAGACAACACUGGCACCUGCUGAAUUUGAAAGUCCUAAGUAUACUUUCUCAGUUUAUGAAGAUGUACCUGAAGACAGUCCUGUGGGAACAGUGAAAGCAAAAGAGUCCUUGAAUUCUUCAGAGCCAAUUUUCUAUAGAAUCUCCUCUGGUGAUGUGGACAGAAAGUUCUCUAUUCACCCAUGGCUGGGCAUCAUUCGAACCCAGAAGCCUCUGGAUCAUGAAACACAGCCCGUGGCUGUGCUCACAGUACAGGCCCAGCUUGGCAGCUCCCCAGCCUACGGCAGUACAGAGGUCAACAUAACUGUAAUCGAUGUCAAUGACAACCAUCCAGUAUUUCCCAAAGCCUCCGAUGAGGUUAAAAUAUCCAAGACCACACUGCCUGGCACAGCAUUGUACCUUGCCCGAGCACAAGACGAAGAUAGUGGGCAGAAUGGAUUCAUCAGAUAUACGAUUGCAAGCCAGAUCCCAAGCAUCUUUGCCAUUGACUCGGGCCGUGGUGUCGUGUACCUCAAUCAGAGUCUGGGGAGUGACAUGCCCCAGAAGUGCACACUAACACUCAUGGCCCAGGAUCUGGGCAUUCCUCCUCGGGCAUCCCUGCUAGUGCUGACAGUAGGAAUUGAAGAACGAGAGCAAAGCCCAUCUUUGACUUUUGAAAACUUGGUCUAUCAAGUGGAAGUUAGUGAGUCUCUCUCACUGAUGACCCAAAUCCUGCAAAUCCGGGCCUACCCACUUGGCCCACAGCACACAACCUCACAGCUCCUGUACUCACUGGAACCCAACACAGACUCUGCUGUGUUUGGCAUCCAUCCUUACACAGGUUGGAUUUAUUUGCGACGACAGCUUGACUAUGAAUCCACACAGACAUAUAAUUUUAGAGUGUUUGCCUGGAUCCCGGAGGACAGAUUGUCGCAAAAUGUGAGCACUUCAGUAAUUGUUCAUGUCCUGGAUGAGAAUGACAAUUCCCCUACCUUCUUGCAUGAUGUGUUGUUUUUGAAAGUCGAGGAGAGCCCUGUUCCCCAAGGGGUAAUAGGCAAAAUUACAGCAAUUGACAGAGACUCGGGAAAGAAUGGACAGCUGUCAUAUUUCCUUUUGUCUGAUGGAAAAUUCUUCAAGAUGAAUCCUAAUACAGGUGAAUUUAUCAGUUGGGUGGCAUUGGAUCACGAGCAUCAGGUACACCAUCAGGUGACUGUCCUAGUGACUGAUCAUGGCUCCCCACCACGAAAUGCCACCAUGGUGGUUUAUGUCUCAGUUACUGACAUCAAUGAUAACAGGCCGUAUUUCCCACAGUGUCUCCCUGGGAAGGAAUUACACAUCAAGGUUCUGGAAGGCCAACCAGUAAAUAUGUUGGUUACAACUGUGUUUGCAAAGGAUUUUGAUGAAGGAAACAAUGCAGAAGUUGUAUAUUCAGUAUCUUCAGAAGACAGUUCUGAUCACUUCAAGAUUGAUGCCAACAGUGGUGAAAUAAGAACUACCACAAUCCUUUCAUAUGAUUAUAGACCUUCCUACAGGAUGACUGUAAUUGCCAGUGACCAGGGAGUGCCUCCUCUUCAAGGCCAGGCAGUCAUUAAUAUCCAGGUGAUACCAUUAUCUAAAGGGAGAGCUAUCAUUUCUCAGCAUAUUAGACACUUAGUCUUACCCGAAAACUUGAAGCCUGCAAAAAUAAUGAGUUUGGUAAAGUCACCUGAUCACCUUCAACAACAUCAGAACAGAAAGUUACAUUUUAGUAUUGCUGCAGAUGACAAGGAUGGCCACUUCGAAAUUGACAGCUCAACAGGGGACUUGUUCCUUUCUAAGGAACUUGAUUAUGAAAUGACAUCUCAUUACCUUUUCAGGGUGGUUACCAAAGACCAUAGCAAAACCCCUCCCCUUAAUAGCACAGUCUUCCUUAGUAUUGAUGUGGAGGAUCAGAAUGACCAUUCCCCAUCUUUCCAAGAAGAGCUCAUUGUGAUAAGCGUAGAAGAGAAUGUCCCUAUAGGGACCCUGGUGCAUGUCUUCAAUGCCAAAGAUGGGGAUGGCAGUUUUUUGAACAGUAGAAUUCAGUACUUCAUUGAAUCCCACCACCCUGGAGUGAGUCCAUUUCUCAUUCACCCCUCAUUUGGCACAUUAGUCACUGCAUCCCCCCUUGACAGGGAGAGAGUUCCAACUGUCAUCCUGACAAUAACUGCAUCGGAUCAGGCUGUGAAUGUGACAGACCGGCGACUGAGAUCACUGAUGGCAAAGGUCAUGAUUUUGGAUGUCAAUGACCACAGCCCCACUUUUCUGUCUUUCCCCAUUGCCCACAUCAAAGAGAAUGCCACGGUAGGCUCUUUGGUGCACCACAUCAUGGCUCAAGAUCCAGAUGAAGGAAGGAAUGGAAGAAUAACGUACAGUAUCCUCUCAGGAAAUGAAAACAUGGCCUUUAUGCUAGAUGAGUCAUCAGGCUUACUAACAACCACUUGUCCUUUGGACUAUGAAGUAAAAGCUCAGCACAUUCUGACCCUCCUGGCCCUGGAUGAUGGCAUACCGGCACUAUCUUCAUCUCAAACUCUGACAAUUACUGUUCUUGAUAUAAAUGAUGAGGCACCAGUGUUUCAGCAGAACCUGUAUGAAGCUUCAGUUAAAGAGAACCAAAAUCCAGGGCAGUUUGUCACAAGGGUUGAAGCUAUGGACAAAGAUUCAGGAAUCAAUUCCAAGUUUCAGUUUGAAAUCAUGCCAGGUGCUUCAUCUGGGUUGUUCAAGAUAAAUCCUGACACCGGAGAGGUAGUAACGACAGCCACACUUGACAGAGAGGUUCAGGAAGUUUUCACGCUUCGAGUACUCGUACGAGAUGGAGGGGUGCCUUCAUUAUCCAGCACCACAACAAUUCUCUGUACUGUAGAAGAUGAAAACGACCACGCACCGGAUAUUACUGUCCCUGGUCACAACGUCGAGGUUCUGGAAAACCAAGAGCCAGGGGUUCUCUACACUGUUUUGGCUUCUGAUAUGGAUGCUGGCAAUAAUGGAGCUGUCAGAUAUCACAUAAUUGAUGGAAAUACCGAUGAAUACUUUGCUAUUAAUGAAACAUCAGGAGAACUCUCAACCACUCGAGCUUUGGACCGGGAGCAAGUCAGCAAUUUUACCCUAGUCAUCUUGUGCUCUGACCUGGGGGAUCCACCAAGGAGCUCUCUAGUGCAGUUGCAGGUUAGAGUUUUGGAUGACAAUGACCAUGGCCCUUCCUUCCCCACUCUGCUUUACCAGGCCUCCGUGAGAGAAGAUGCCCAGGUGGGAACAGUGGUUCUUAUGCUGUCUGCUGUGGACAGGGAUGAAGGUCUGAAUGGACAAACUGAGUAUUUUCUAGUGGAUGAGGCUUCUGGUGCAUUCACCAUUGAUCCUGUGACAGGUGCUUUGAGAACCUGCCACACCCUGGACAGAGAAGCCAGAUCUCAGCACACAUUUAGGGCUGUGGCCAGAGACUGUAGUGUCCAAGGCUCUAGAAGCACCACAGUAAUUAUAAAAGUACAUGUCACGGAUGUUAAUGACAAUGAUCCAGUUUGGGAGCAGAACCCCUUUGAAAUUUUUCUUGCCCCCCAGGCACCUACUAACCAGACAACUGCUGUCCUGACAGCCAGUGACCCAGACUUGGGACCCAAUGGAACUGUUGUUUUUAGUUUUGCAGAGACCCAGUCAAUGUUUUCUAUUGAUAAGUAUACAGGAGAAGUUCAACUUCAGCACCACACAUCUUCAGAAUAUUUUCCGAUCUGGCUGCAGUUAAAAGUUAGGGACCAGGGGGUCCCAGCUAGGACAGCCACUGGCCUCUUGGUCGUUCACAUGGAAGGAGAAGAUGUCAAGAUUUCCUUCAAUCACCCUCUAUAUACAGGGACUGUGACCGAAAAUUGUGAUGCAGGUACUUCUGUUGUGACUGUAAAAGCUGUCGCUCCUGACCCAAUACAAGACAACAUUAAAUAUUCCAUUUUUAGUGGAAAUGAAGAUGGGGUUUUUUCUCUGUGCUCCAACUCAGGAGAACUCACUGUGAAAGAACCCAAGUUUCUUGAUUUUGAAGUCAGAAAUGAAGUACAACUCAUCGUUUUAGCGGAAAGUAGGGGGCAGAAAGCCUACAGCAAAGUAGCAGUCGUGAUACAAGAUGUGAAUGAUAACUUACCAUGCUUUGAGCAAAGCAUUUACCAAGUGUCAGUGUCUGAAGGCCAGGUCUACAAUGCUCACAUCAUACAGGUUUUUGCUGUGGACCUGGACAGUGGGAUGAAUGGCCUCACCGAAUAUUCCAUUCUCUCUGGCAACCAAGGGGAAGCAUUCCACAUUGACGCACUGAGUGGUGUGAUCACAGCAAAUGUGAUUCUAGAUUACGAGCUCACCAGCUCCUACAGCUUGAUUGUGCAAGCCACAGAUAAAGGGAUACCCAGGCUUUCUGGUACAAGUGUGAUCAAGAUACAGGUGACUGAUAUAAAUGACAAUGCCCCGGCUUUUCUCCCCUCCGAAGCAGUGGAAAUUGCAGAAAAUUCUUUGCCUGGUGUAGUUGUGACUCAGAUAUCAGUUCAUGAUGUGGAUUUGAAUCCAACUUUCAUCUUCAAUUUCGCCAAAGAGAGUAAUCUUGGGACCAAGUUUGCUAUCGAUCGGAACACUGGAGCGGUGGUGCUAGUGGAAACAUUGGAUUUUGAAGAAGCUACCGAAUAUGAGCUGUUCAUCCAAAUUUCUGAUACUGUGCAUGACACAGAGGGAACGCUCAUUGUCCGUGUGGUGGACGUCAAUGAUAACCCACCAGUAUUUUCUCAAGAUUCUUACCAGGUCACUGUUCCCGAAUGGGCGCCUGCGGGGUACUCAGUGCUGACCGUGACAGCCACAGACAUAGAAAGCAAUGAGAACAUUUCUUACAGAAUCCUUUCCUCUUCUAAAGAAUUUUCAAUUGAUCCAAUGAAUGGCACAAUAUUUGCUAUCAAUCCUAUAUUACUUCUGGAUAAAAAGUCAACAGUUCAGUUUCUUGUUGAAGCCAGUGAUGGUGGAAUUCCUGACCUGAGGGCUCUUGCCUUAGUAGAGAUAGAAAUACAGGAUGUGAACAACUAUGCCCCUGAGUUUACGGUAGAAUAUUAUAAUCUCAGUUUAAGGGAAGAUGCUCAAGUUGGAGGCACGCUUGUCACAUUUUCAACCAUUGACCAUGACUGGACCCGUGAAAACACACAUGUUGAUUAUUCCAUCAUCAGUGGUAAUCCGCAGAACAAUUUCCAUGUGGAAACUAGUUUUCUUCCUUCAGAAUAUCCUUCUAAGCAAGUUGGUUACCUGGUGUUGCUCCACAGUCUGGAUAGAGAAGCAGCUUCCUGUCAUAAGCUCGUCAUUCUGGCAUCUGACCACGGCUUCCCUCCAUUGAGCUCCACAGCCACUGUGGCAAUAGAAGUCCUUGAUGUCAAUGAUAACCCUCCGAAAUUCAGCAGUCUGAAAUACCAUGCCCACGUCAAGGAAAGUACCCCUCUAGGGAGUCACAUCACUGCGGUCUCUGCAGAUGACCGUGAUGUGGGUUCACACGCAGAAAUCAUCUACCACAUAAUCUCUGGAAAUGAGAAGGGGCAUUUUCACUUGGAAGAAAACACUGGAGUUCUUUAUCUGAUUGCACCUCUGGAUUAUGAAGAAACGACAAAAUUCACUUUAACGGUGCAAGCCUCAGAUGAAGAAAAGAAGCAUUUUUCCUUUGCAGUUGUGUUUAUCAAUGUCCUGGAUGAUAAUGACCAUGCACCUCAGUUUAUGUUCUCAAGUUUAAAUUGUGUUGUUCCUGAAAAUGUGCCUGUUUUCUCCACCGUAUGUUCCGUGAAUGCUUUGGAUUUUGAUGCAGGUCCUUAUGGAGAACUGACCUAUUCUGUGUUAUCACCCUGUUCCAUCACUCAGGGGAUACCUCGUGAUCAUGAUCCCUUCCUCAUUGACCCCUUAACAGGGGAGAUUCACACGCAGCAAAUCCUUGACUAUGAAAGUGACAAUAAAUACUGCCUGACAAUUCAGGCAAAAGACAAGGGUGACUCAACAGCCUCUCUAAUGGUUUGGCUGGAUAUUGAAGGAGUAGAUGAGUUUGAACCCAUCUUUACUCAAGAUCAAUAUUUUUUCAACCUUCCCGAGAAGAAUAAAGUGAGACAGCUGAUUGGCAGGGUGGAAGCAUCAGAUGCAGACGCUGGUCUGGAUGGAGUUGUUCUGUACUCUUUGGAAACCCCAUCUCCUUUCUUUUUGGUAAACAGAACUAAUGGACAUAUCUAUUUGACUGGGGCACCUCCCCUAGUCAGAAGUCAGUUCCGUGAACAAGACAUCAUUGAAAUGAAGAUAAUCGCUCAUAGCCCCAAACCGGACUCCAGGUUUACCUUGUGUACUGUGUUUGUGAACGUGUCCUCUUUCUCGGAAGGACGAGCCUCAGUGGUAUCAGGCCACAGCUUUUCAAUCAGCCUCACGGUCUCCUUUGUAGUGUUUCUGAUGCUCAUCUUCAUUCUAAUUGUGUUGAUUGUAAGACACAAACAAAAGGACACACCAAAUAAUUAUGAAGAAAAGAAAACAUCGUCAUCCUUAGAUAUCAGUUUGAGACUGACCACAGAUGGCAGCAUGCUCAAGCCCUUCCAGAAGACUAAUGAGGGCGGUAAUGAGGCAGUGCCCACAGACUCCCUGCCAGAGUGGCUGAGCCUAAUGAGUAUCAUGGAGAAAGACAUGGUGAAUCUGUACAGGCACUCAAACUCUAGUGGCCACUGUUCUGUGGAAGGAGAAACUGCAGAAGAUAAGGAAAUCCAGAGGAUAAAUGAGCAUCCUUACAGAAAGGAGGCUGGCUCAGCUCUGAGCGACCGGGAGUCCAGGGUCCCAGACUCUGGAAUCCCUAGGGACUCAGACCAGCUCUCCUGCUUGUCUGGAGAAACCGAUGUGAUGGUCACUGCUGAAAUAGUAGGAACCAGCCAUGCAUUUGAGGAAGAAGAAAGAGAAAGCUGUGACACAACCUAUGUCCAAAAUAAUGUGUUACCCCAGACUCUAAAGAAGAGAGAGAGAAAAGAGAGCAUCCAGGCCGAUGUCAGGAGAGAGUCCGUCUUUAUUUCAGAUGAUCAGGAGGCAAGAUGCACGGCUCUUUCCACCCAGAGAACCUCUAAUCACAAUUCGAGAGGCAACUACCACUGGAAUUAUCUCCUCAGCUGGGAACCCAAGUUCCAACCUCUCGCCUCGGUAUUUAACGACAUUGCAAAACUAAAGGACGAACAUGUACAUACACCUGGCAUUCCUAAAGAGAAGUCUUUGGUUUUCCCACCACCUUUGAUUACAGCAGUAGCCCAGCCUGGGAUUAAAGCAGUUCCACCAAGAAUGCCAGCCAGAACCCCGGGCCAAGUGCUUCACAAAUACCCACAUUCCCCACUUCCCUACCAUCUCAGUUCUCUGCCCGAAGCCGUGGCUCCCAGCUUCUCUCCACCGCUCUUCCUGUUGACCCCACAGACCCCUGCCUUGACCCCACUGUCGUCACGUGGGGAAUCCCCAGGAGCCCGUCUGAGUGGUACGUGCCAUGGACUUAAAGCAGAAGAUGAAGUUCAAAUCUAAUAUGAUUGUGAUGCCAAGCACCCCCUCACCAUUGGUCGUGAAUGGUUGAGCAAGACCUCCUUAAGCUCACUCCUCAAGAUCGGUUAAGGAGCAGUGGGGGUUUUCACAAUCUGCUCAUUUAAGCCUCUCAAAUUUCUUCCAGCCUUAAUGAGAAGUUACUCCCUCUUUUAGCCUUUAUGUUUUGCUCUCAGGACUCAGAUUUGUAUAUAGAAGUAGUGUAUAUUCUCUCAUAUCUGGUUUUCUGUAGAACUCAACCUCCAAAGGAAAACAAUGAGCUAGACCGGCUGCCAAAAUGCUUAUGUGGAAAUAAAUGAAAAAUAAGUAUUGUGCAGUCCGGCCAUAGUACUGCUGAUUAUGCCACCAUAUCUAAAAUAAGUGAGUAAAGACUGAAUAAGGAAUGAGUGUAGGACAGAAAAUAAUGGAGAGGGAAAGUGGGGAAGGAUAAACGUAAAUGUUAAAAUGAAGUGAUUUUCUGUAGAUCUGAUAUGUUUAGAGAUAUAUUUCUCUCCUUUCCCCAUAUGCCACAGUUAGGGAGUUUUGCCAUAAUUUGAAUUUUAAUAUGAUGUCUUUCAGAAAUCUAAUGAGAAAUUAAGAAUGAAAUUUGUCAUAACUGUGCCAAAUAAGAAAAUUAUUCCUGAUUAAAUGAACCAGAGAUGCAUGUCCUUGAUAGAGGGCCAGGAAUGUUAGAAGCAAUAAGUAUAUGGUUGACUGCCACCCGAGACAUAUUUGCGUGGCCUUCUUUACAAACAGAAUGAUGAUUUUUUUUUUCCAGUGCUCUGUCUUAUAACAUGAUUCAGGUACAGACAUUAAAUUUUAAAGAUUAAUUUGUAAAUAGUUCCUCAUUUUAUUUUCUUCUAGAUACAGUAACUUUGGGUGUGAAAUAAUUUAUCCUUUCAAUGUCACUUUCAAAAGUUGGCCUAGAUAAAAUUAUGUUAUUAGCUAAUAAAAGAUUCAUAGAGUAAUUUACCAAUAUAUUUUUAAAUGAAGAUUUUUUUAUAUAAAUAUUUGUACUAUAAAAGUUAAGAAUGGAUGUUGGAAGUCUCUUCCAUUUGUUCAUACUCACCUUUAGCUUUAACUGUCAUGAGAUGGAGCAACCUGGCAACAUGGCUAAAAUAAUUGUUCUGUACAGCUACUGUUUCAGAUGUAUAGUGGUAUCGUAUGGUGCUUGCAUAUAAUGUUAUAUAGCCUUCUCUCUGGUGAGCCUGAGAAUCCAACAAAGAUUCUUAUCCCUUCCAGGAAAGCAGAGCACAUGCUGCUGCUGAUGGCCCGGAAGUCAUCAAUGGUAGGCAACAUGGCCAGGCUUUGGGAUAAGAAUUUAGGAUUCUAAUGUCAAGUCUAGAAGGCAUCUGAUAUGGUUUUCUUAAUACUUAGUGUGAGCUUCUGCUGUAGAAAUCUUUCCUUUGGGUUGUUUGUUUGUUUGUUUGUUUCCAAUAGGCUUCAUCUGUAAACUUAUGUGAGAUACCUAAUUUCUCUUAACUAGAAAACAUGGAAGAUGCCAUGUUUGACAUCUGGUUUUGUAGAUAAAUAAUCCUAAGGCUUCCUAUACUGAUUUUAUUAAUUAUAUAUCUGCUGGUUCUUAGAUUGGAAACAAGUAUAUAAAACCACAUCAGAAAUUAUAUGAAAUAUAAAGGCUUUUGGACGAGCCUAGAAUCCUAGGGAAAGUCAUUUAGUUAUGGAACACUUAAAUAUUAAAGGAUGGAUGCAUGUCUCUCUUUUUCUUCAUGGCAUGCAGAGAAGAAGAUUUCAUGGUUUUCCUUAAAAAAUGAAUCAUUUCAGUGUUCCAAUAUUUAUUCUCUCUUUGACUUCCUUCAAAAAGUUACUUUGAGCAUACAAAAAAAAAAACUAUACUCUUUUUUUUCCUAAUUAUAUAUGGAAAUUCUGUUUUGCAACAGAUUUAUUUCUAGGAACCAAAAACAUUUUGUUGUUUUUAAUUAAACAGGUUCUUCACUGACUUAUGUUUUAAAGAGAGUCAUCCAUCUAAUUCCUCCCUGAGUUAUUGGCCUGAGAUUUAUUACCCAUUCUGGACAUAUUUCUACCUUUUUCUAGACAUGUAAUAAAAACAGAAGACAUGAAGUAUUUAGAGCUAUUCCUUACCAAUACCUGGUGGAUUUUUAAUUGACGACUUUAUUAUACUGUAUCCAGUGCCACACCACCACCAAAUAAGUGCUGCUAGUUUAACAAACUGAAACUAUGAGCACACUGGCUAAAUGUUUGCAAUAAAUCAUAUGUCGGCCCUUUCAACUAGAGUGCUUUUUUCCUAAGUAAACAAUAUAAUUUGUAUAGUUUUCCUUCAAGUUUAAUAUUAACUUGCCUCAUAUGUUCUGUGUUACUUUGCUGAUCGACACACCGGCUUUAGCACUCUGGAGGGGGUACAGGACUUGUUAGUGGAAAAUCAUAUUAAGCCCCAAAUUCAUAAGCUAUAAAAUAAAAGACAGUUGUCUCUUGCGGAAUUUUGGCUGCCUGAAAUUCUGGACUUUCUUGUUGGCAGCCUUAAAAAUACUGGUGUAAAUCAGUACCAAAUGGAUAUCAAAAUUCCAUGUCCUAGUAGUAAUCAUUGAAUUGGCUUCCAAAACAGAUUCCUGGGCAAAGAAAGGGAAAAAAAAUGCUGUAUCUUUAGGGAUUUGGUCCUUUAACUAUUCUUUAUGAAUACUAAAAUGUCCUAUAAACUACUGGCUGCCUGCAUAUACAAAUACCUAGUCUGUGAUAGCUGUCCACUUGAGACAGGAGCUGUGCUUCUCAGCACCUCCACCCUCAGGUUCAGAGCCCUCCUUGCUGUGUUUUCCAGAAGUUAUAGGGAUGAAAAUUUAUCAUUGAUUUUCAAACUAUUUCCAUCAAACAUACGUUUCGUUAUUCUUUUGCCGUUUUACACAUACCUUAACUUAAAAAAAAAAAACCCACAAAACAUAAUUAAAAGGAUCUAAGACAAUGAUCCACUUCAAAGCAACAAGGUACAUGGAGUGGUUACAGUUAGUGGAUUUUCACAUGAUAUUACAGAUAAAUGCUUUGGGUUUGUCUUCAACAGUAUGUUUCAGUUGAACUUCAAAGACUAUAAUACCAUCUGUUUGGUCAUAGCUGAAGAGAGGAAGGAAAAUCAUUCUUUCCAAGAGUAUACCAAGAUCAGUGAAACUGUAGAAACUUUGCUUAUGACCAAAAUGGUGCAUCCAGCAUGAGUCACUGAGGUAGGUUUCACCCUUUAUAAAGAUGGAGGGAAGGCUGGAAGAGGAAAUAGAAGAGUAAAUCUGAAAAGGAAUAAUUUAGGGCACAGGUAGAGAAAUGUAAGAAGGCCAAAGGUUAGGACUUGUAAAAACUAUUUUGAAGUGUAAAGAUUUUGCUGAGUCAUUUGUCUUUCAUAGGUUCAUCUUGUGAAGGAAUCUUUUUUUAAAAUGUCUUUUCUCCUUCUUUCUGUUCCUUUCACGGAUCUCCCUUCAUUGUCUGAAAAUUUAGGCUUUUUGAAUUGUGAACCUAAAGCUAUGUGACAAUGACCUAGAAUACAUUCAACAAUGAAACAGUGAAUUUGUUGUGGUUUUUGUUUUUGAGUUUUAGGAUGUGUGUGUGUGUGUAUGUGUGUGUGUGAAUUACAGACUAAAAAAUUCAGAAUGAUUCACUCCACAUAACUUUGGCAUUGAGAGUGACACAUUUUUAGUAGGUGAUUUUACACAUAUACCAAGUAAUGGAUCAUUUAAAAAACAGUUGGGACAGAAUA